CAGCAGCUGAUCAUUCGGAAAAUUACAUCAGACCGAGCGAGAUUUCACUCAUAUAAAAAUGUUUUCAUACGGAAAGAAGAGACAUUUUGGGUGCCAGCUGCUAUGGAUGUGAGCUCAGUGUGUAACAACAGCUUCUCUUCUAUCUUCUGUCUGACUGAUGCCGAGUCGUCUGGUAAAUUUGCCGUCAUAAUUAUCCCUUCUCUUCUGGCUUCAAGUACAUUUCUAGUGGUGCUGCUCAUUUUCUACAGUCUGUAUAAGAAUAAGAAAAGACAACAAAGGACACUAGGACAAUUUACAGGCCAGAGAAUGGAGGUACGUGCAGAUCUGAGCAGACCUCCCAAAGUGCAUGUGGCUCUGGGUCAGUGGGAGAUGCCUGCGGACUGCUCACUGGAGGGGGCGGAGUUCUGGGAGGCUGGAUACUACGGGCCCAUCUGUAAAGGGACACUGAAGAGGAAGGACGGCCGCUCUCAGCCUGUGGUGGUCAAGUCUUAUACAGAUGGCCCAGACAAAUCUGACUCUGGUGAGUUUGUGGAUCUGGUAUUGUUCCACUCCCGCGUGUGCAGACAUCAGAACGUGGUGCAGAUGUUGUUGUGUCAAACGUCUCGUGUGCCCAUGUACCUGAUCCUGGAGCAGAGCAGUCCUGGUAACCUGCUGCACUUCCUCUGGACGCUCAGAAAUAACAAUGUAACCCUGAGUGACCCAUCGCAGGACUUCACAGAGAGGUCUGUGUUUGUGGUGGCGAAGCAGGUGGCAGCUGGUCUGGACUACCUGAUGUCUGAGCACAGGCUGGUUCAUGGAGAUGUGGCAGCCCGGAACAUCCUCCUCGGGCCGGGCCUCUCAGCGCGUGUGUCGGGACUGGGUGGGGCCUUCAGGGCGAGGAGGGCGGAGUCAAUGAAGAGGGAAGAGUCAGCGAUCAGAACAACUCACGUACCACUAAAAUGGCAGGCCCCCGAAAGGAUCAUGAUGCAGCUCAGUAUCGACCGAAGUGAUGUCUGGUCAUUUGGAAUCUUACUGUAUGAAAUGGUCACAUUAGGCGCUCCUCCAUACCCUGAGCUGGAUCCUGUGUCUGUGUUGCCUAAACUGCAGAGGUCAUAUCGGAUGAAGAGGCCCAGCAACUGUGGAGCUUCUCUGUAUGAUUUAAUGAAGUACUGCUGGAUGUGGAGCUUUAAGGACAGACCUGCCUUCUCUGCUAUCAUCAAACUUCUGGAAUCCUCGCAGUACCUGGCCUCCACACAACCCAUCUGUGUCCCCAAUACUAUAGACAAAAUACAAUACAGCACCAUCGCAGGCUUGAAUACUUAGCACUUAUUUUAAUAGGCCUGUCACUGUUCUAAUUACCAUAUCGACUGAUCGUUCAGUACUCAAUAGAUGGAACAAUAGUCAGUUCAUAUUUAUCGUGGGUACUUUUGUUUUGCACUACUGAGAAAAUUAUGAUUAUUUUUCUGUACUAUGAUACAUUUUGAGUGGUAGAAGGUUGAAUUGUGAACAAACUAAUUAAAGGUCCUAUAUGACACAAAACUGACUAUGAACUUUAAGACAUGUUUGAACUCCUUUUUGUGUUGUUUGGUUUGUGUUUUGUUUGCUUGUGAUGUCACGUAGUCGUAGUGUUGAAGUUAACAGCUACUUUCUACCUUUUAUUCAGUAUCCAUUUAUCCACCGAUCCAUUUUCUUCCACUUAUCUGGGGCCAGGUUGUGGGGGCUGCAGUCUAAACAGGGACUCCUGGACUUCAUUCACCCCAGACACUUCCUCUAGCUCUUCCAGGGGAUCCUGAGGCGUUCCCAGGCCAGCCGAGAGACAUAGUCCCCCCAGUGUGUCCCGGGUCUUCCCCGGGGCCUCCUUUCAGUGGGAACUGCCCAGAACACCUACUGAGUGAGGCGUCCAGGAGGCAUCUGGAACAGAUGCCUGAGCCACUUCAACUGCUCUACUCCAAACUCCUCACCCUAUCUCUAAGGGAGCGCCCAGCCACCCUGCGGAGGAAACUAAUUUCAGCUGCUUGUAUAAGCUAUCUUGUCUUUUCGGUCAUAGCCAGAGCUCAUGAGGGUAGGAAUGUAGAUUGAGCAGUAAAUCAUGAGCUUUGCCUUUCGACUUAGCUCCCUCUUCACCACAACGGUCCGAAACAGUGACCACAUCUGUCCACCUGUCAAUCUCACACUCCAUCCUCCCCUCACUCGUGAACAAGACCCCGAGAUACUUGAACUCCUCCACUUUGUUCAGUAGAGACUGGAAAUUCUAGGACUGAAAUGAUCAAAAAAAGUGAAGAUGUAAAGAGUUUAAAAACACAGUGGAGCACUUCCUGUGUUACCACAUGACAUCACAAGAGUGUUUUCAGAGAGAGAAGAGAGAAGAACUCUGGCCAAAACCUACAGGGUUUGUGUGUUAAGCAAAACACAGCUCCAGAUAUGUUUUUGAAGAGGUAACAUUAUAAAUAAAGAAAAUAGCAUAAUA